UCCUAAGCCAGCACACCUUCAGAGUCUGGUGACGGAAGUCUCCUUUCCUCUGGCUGCUGGAACGUCACCUAUCAGUCCCAACAUGGAUGGAGGAGGAGUAGGAGGAGCAAUAGGGAAGGGCCUAGUGUCCAACCUCAUCAGUCGCUUUGAGGAGAACAGUCACACAGACAGUCGGAGGGAGGGCGGUCCUCUGAAGCAGGUCAGCAUAUCUCCUAACUGCAGCCCGGCUCACAAAAACUACCAGAGACAGACAGAGCAGCCCACAGACUCCGGCUCUCCUGCGAACAGCCCACGCCAUGCUCUCAAACCCCCCAAUGGGGUCCUAGCCCAAAAGAAGAGAGAACAGGACAGGAAUCGGGACAUGGACGGAAUUACACACGACACGGUUCCGGUCAUGAGGACAGACAGGCAGGGACUGCUGAACGGAGAUGCCGGCGAUGUGGCUAAGAGGGAAAUUAUGGACGAGGACUGUGUAGAUACACCUCACGCUCACAUAGAACGGGCCGAAGAGGAGGAGAAGAAAGCGCCGGAGCAGCGUGACAUUGUGAUGAACAGCAUCCCAGAGCAGAAGGAAACUAAUGAGCAGAAGCUCUACAAGAUAGCAAACGAACUUCUGCAGACAGAGAAGGCUUAUGUUACACGACUCAACUUAUUAGAUAAGGUGUUUUAUGCCAAGCUGUUAGAAGAAGCAAGAAAAGACGCGUUCCCCAUGGAUGUGGUGAAAAACAUAUUUUCCAACAUCUCUUCCAUUAAUACCUUCCACAGCCAGUUCCUUCUGCCUGAUCUGGAAAAACGCAUGGGAGAAUGGACGUCGACACCUCGCAUUGGGGACAUCCUACAGAAACUCACUCCCUUUCUGAAGAUGUACGCUGAAUAUGUGAGGAACUUUGAUCAUGCCAUGGAUCUGCUGAAGCAAUGGACGGACCGAUCGCCUCCAUUUAAAGCCAUCAUUCUGGAAAUCCAGAGUCAAGAAGUGUGUGGAAGUCUGACGCUGCAGCACCACAUGUUGGAGCCUGUUCAGAGAGUGCCACGAUACGAGAUGCUGCUCAAAGACUAUCUGAAGAAACUUCCUCAGGAUCACAUAGACCGGCGGGAUGCUGAAAAGUCUUUAGAGAUCAUUGCCAUGGCUGCCACUCAUUCCAACACUGCCAUUAGGAAAACAGAAAACCUUAAGAAAUUGCUGGAGAUUUAUGAGAUGCUGGGGGAGGAAGAGGACAUUGUGAACCCUUCGAAUGAGUUAAUAAAAGAGGGUCAUAUUCUGAAGCUGGCAGCAAGAAACACUUCAGCCAUGGACAGAUAUCUCUUCCUAUUCAACAACAUGCUGCUGUACUGCGUUCCAAAGUUUAGCUUGGUGGGACAGAAGUUUACGGUUCGCACACGUAUCGGCAUUGAUGGCAUGAAGGUGACGGAGACGUACAAUGAUGAUUAUCCUCACACCUUUCAGGUUUCUGGAAAGGAACGGACACUGGAGCUGCAGGCCAGCUCUGAACAGGAUAAAGAAAGCUGGAUAAAGGCGUUCCAGGAAACGAUAUACAUCUAUCUCCAGAAAAAUGAGACCUUUAAGUCAGCAUUCAAAGAUGUGGAGGAAGUAACGGAUCUCAAGAUAUCAGAACUGGGUAAAAGAGCUCCUCGCUGGAUUCGAGACAAUGAGGUGACCAUGUGCAUGAGGUGCAAAGAGGCCUUUAAUGCCUUAAUGCGCAGGAGACAUCACUGUCGGGCCUGUGGAUACGUGGUCUGCGGGAAGUGCUCAGACUACAAAGCCCCUCUGGAAUAUGAUGGGAAUAGGAUGAACAAGGUGUGCAAAGACUGUAACUCCAUCCUGACAGGCCAUAUAGACAGUGAGGAGAGGGAGGGCAAGAAGAAGGGCAUUCUAGAGAUUGAAGCUGCUCAGUUCUCGGGCAACAGUAUCAUGUGUGGCUUCCUGCAGUACUGCGAGAAGAACAAGCCCUGGCAGAAAGUCUGGUGUGUCAUUCCUCAAAAAGAAGCUCUAGUUCUCUACUUGUACGGAGCACCACAGGAUGUCAAGGCCCAGUCCACGAUUCCUCUGCUCGGCUACCAGGUGGAGGACAGCCUGAGACCCACCGACCCUCCCGCGAGCUUCCGACUAUCUCAGUCUAAAUCAGUCCACAGCUUUGCAGCAGAGAGCGAGGAACUGAAACAGCGCUGGCUCAAAGUGAUCCGUAUGGCGGUGACGGGAGAGGAACCAGAAUCGCCUGAAGACAACCAUUCUACGGAAAUCACCCAAGAGCCGAGCUCUAAUGGUGUCUGAGCAAACAGAGCAAACUCUCGUUGAAGAUUUUAGUACUGACGUGGCAGUGCUGUCGGUAGGAAAAGUGUUGACGCUCCCGUUUGCUGCGCCUUCACUGCUGGUCCAGUUGUCCUAAAGUUCCAUUUGGAUUUGAACGCAUCCAGAAUAUGGGGCUUUAAAGCACAUGGAUAUCAGCUUGAUCCUUAUCUGACAGAUUUGAAGUUCACAAAGGAUGCAAACAAAUGGUGCACAUGUGAAGUGUACAUGGAGGAACUAAGACAUGCUAUUCAUCAU